AGAGAUUCCUGCCACAUUGUGCAGCAACCACUUUUCUUGUCCGGAUCGAAGGCCAAACGAAGUUUGAUCGUGCUCAAAUUUUAGUAUGUUGUUCCUUACAUACUCCUCUUCAAAUCCAAUAGUCAGUUUCUCGUAUUGAUGCCCGGAAGGUGGUUUCCUUGCUGCGUUUUCAGACCUACGUUUUUUUGGGAGUUUUUACUCCAUUUUUGGUGAAUUGUUGAUUGUUGUUGUUCCCAGUUCAUCACACAUUCACACCUUUCCACAAUCAUUAGAUUUACUGUAAUCGUUGAAUUCUCCAUUUCCUCUCGCUGAAAGUGCGAUCGAUCGAUUCCCCCUCUCCCCCCGUGUUUGUGUGGGCACGGGGAGCUUCCGGUCCGGUGAUUUCACUUGCGGCGGCUCCUGAGAGAAUGCGAAUCCGAUUUCUACGCCUUUGGAGCUCUUGGCCUUCUUUCAUGCACGACUCGAGUGGGGAAAUGAAGAUUUAAAGCCUUUUCUUUUAGCUCUAAAAGCUACUCCACUUUUUCUUUUUGUGUUUGUAUUUGUGAGUGAUCAACUUCACGGCUCCGUUCCACAUUGCGGCGGAAAUAGGUUAGGGUUCUUCUUUUGGAGCUAGGGUUUCUUCGAGGUGAAAUUUGCAUCUAAAAGGAAAGUAAAAAAGCACUCUCCUGUUCUGAUUUCCGGAUCUCGAUCAUAUUGAGAUAUACGGCAUUGUUUCAGUAUAUCGUUGGGGGGUUUAGGGUUCUGAAAGGAGAGAAUUGAGAAGGACUCCUCCCCUAAUCCCAGCUUUGGUUCGGCUGCGACUGGCUAUGAGGUUAGGGGGUCUGAUUUUGAGGUGUUUUCAGUCACCAAAAAGGGAAAAGGGUUCCUAAACUUGCGACUUUUACAACUGUUCAAAGCACUGGAUCGCCUCUCUUUAAUUAUUAUCUGUUGAGAAUUCUUCUUUUUUGGCAUUUAGAAUCAGAUUCUUCUACGAACAUUCUGAAUUUGAAGCCCUAAAGCUGGUCAACCGUGAUUGUGAAGCUUCUUCAUCAGUUGAUGCAAUCCUAAUUAGCCGCUCCAGUCAAGAUUUCAUUUCUCUGGCUAUUGGAUUAUACUCUGAAGUAUCGAUGGGGCUUCUGGGAGGUCAAUGGAUCGCUCUGCUCAUAUGGGUUUUAUGGUUGCCACAGUUAGGCAGGACUCAGCCAUCUGCUUCCGCUCGGGCACUAGAUUCACUUCUCCAAGACUAUGCUUUUCGUGAUGCAUUUGGUCCGCGUCCCAAGACUGGUGUGGUUUAUGACGGAACUGUCCCUUCGAAUCUGACAGGGAUUAAGGUUUCUGCACUGAGGCUUAGGAGUGGUAGCUUACGCAGGAGAAACAUAACUUUCAAAGAGUUUCAGAUGCCAGUUGGUGUCAUAGGGUACCCUUAUGUCGUAAGGCUUGCCUUAGUCUAUCAGAACUUGGGCAAUUGGUCUCUCAAGUGUUACCCUCUAUCAUCUGGGUACAUUUACUUAUCACCAGUUCUUGGUCUUCUUGCUUAUGAUGCGGCAAACCUGUCGGCCACUAACUUGCCAGAGUUGAAUAUCACAGCAACUGGUCAGCCCAUCUCUAUAUCCUUUCCCAAGAUGAAGUCCGUUCCCGGUAAAUCCAUUCCAAAGUGUGUGUCAAUUGAUCUGAACGGCUCUGUUAGUUUCAGCAAUGUGUUGUCUGGAAACAUAUGUAACACCUUCAAACAAGGACAUUUCUCGAUUGUGGUUGAAUCCAUUGCUCCUUCUCCUGCACCAAUGUCUUCUUCUUCUUCACCAAUGCCGCCACCUGAAGGAGCUCCUCCUAAGCAAGCAAAACAAGCGCCAGGCCACAAUAAGACAAGAAAGGUCGGGAUCAUAGUGGGGUCCGUGGUUGGAGGGUUGGUGGUUUUGGUUUUGUUAGGUGCUCUUACGGCGUGGGCGUGCAGUUACAAAAGGAAGAAGAAGAUGCAAGAGAUGGAAAUGGCUUCCGAGGUGGGGGAAGGGUUACAUAUGGUGAGGGCCGGGAACACAAAAGCACCUGCUGCUGCUGUAACAAGAACCCAACCGAUACUGGAGACCGAAUACGUCCCUUAAGUACAUCAUCAUCGCCACCCUUUCACGUUCAAGUUUCAUUCACACAGAUGAAUUCUUAUUUGACUCCAUUUUGUUGGUUUAUUCAUAUUAUUUUUUUAUUUAUCAAGGUAGGUUUUGGUUGGUAGUGGCGUGUGGGUAUUACAGAGAGGGUUAUUGUGUACAUAAUAAUCAUCUGUUGCCUUCCACAAAGUGUUCAGAUUUGUUUUCUGGUGUGCGUUUAGGCUUUACUACCUCCCCAGUUUGACUAUAUAUAUUUGUGAUCAUUCUUACCCUCCCACCCCAUUGAGAAGGAAUAAAAUUUGUCAUUCUCC